AGAAGUUCGAGUUGAAUUAAGGGAUUUUGUAGGCAAACAACGAAGAGAAGGGCGACACCCGAGUCUGCCGGCCCUCACGGCCGGCGGAACGCUCGGGAGCGGAGCCGGGCCCCGCGCCGGAGCGGCGCCGUCCCCACGGCAACCGCCGGGCCGCGGGAAGAUGUCCGCGGAGGGCGGGCGCGCAGCGGCGCGGGUCGUGUUCCGAGCGCUGCCGCAGAAAACCUUCUCCUGCCUGCAGGACAGGGACAUCGCGGACCGACUCCUCAAAUGGUGGGCGGAACGCCCGCUGUGCGAUACCUCUGUCUCUGGGCGCCGGGGAGCAGGCGGGCCGUGCUGAGGGCUGGAGCCAUUGCCGCGCCCACAGCACGCCCGCUCCGGUGGCGGCGGGUCCAUGCAAGGCAGGAUCACAGCACAAGCGUUCAGUUUUGACCAGCAGUUUAAGCCCUAUCAAAAGGAUGAGUUUCUUAUGGCAUUUUUUAAUGAUCAAAGUGUGAACUCCAGUUUAAAGUUGCUGUCAGCUUCAGGACAAUGGACCACAUUGGGUUCCAAAGUGACAAAAAUUGAAGCUACAGUGGUACCCUGUACACAGAUUUCUAUGUCAUUUUUUGAUCGGCUGUACUCUGAAGGAAUUGUAAGAGAAACUGGAACUAUUGUGAAAUGUUAUGAUGACUAUUAUGAUGAUAUUCUUAUCUCUGAUGAAUUAAGGAAGGUCUUGCUCCUGGAGGAUUCGGACCAUUAUGACUUAUUCACUCAAUUAGAUCGUGAGGAAUUUCUGUUUUGUCUUUUUAAGCAUUUUUGCAUUGGAGGAACUCUUUGCCAGUUUGAAGAUGUAGUUGACCCAUACUUAGAAACUACAAAAGCUUUUUAUAAAGACUUGGUGAGUGUUCAAAAGAACCCUGAAACAAAAGAAAUACGUAUUAUUUCUACAGUCUUCAGAGUGUCUGCAUAUGAUGCUAAUGGCCUGUGUUACCCUUCAAGCAAAAGCCACCAACAGACUUUUGCCUACUUGAUUGUGGAUCCCUGCAAGCGACACGUGAAUAUUCUGUAUCACUGUUUCGGUGGAAGCCUAUUUACAAACUAGUUAUAAACCUGUUUGGUCCCCGGUUUUAUAAUGGAGAUUGCCUUCUUUUUGAUGGGUUCAGGUAGACAUUGCAUAGUUUUCUGACGAGGAAAGCUCUGCUCCUUGAUGACGUGCUCAGAAGUGCUUCCCGUUCACUCAGAUGUUACUAUGUGGUUAGUGACAAAAGUUUUCCGGUAUUUAUAGUUCUUGAAGCUGUUUUCUUGGCCUUUUCCCCCCUUCCCUCACCCGUUUUAUCUAAUAAAAAGUAUUUCUCUAGAGGUCUCGUCAUUUUUAUGAGCCAGCUUUACAGACUCGGGACGCCUAACUGCAGCGGAGGCUCUGCUGUCGGUGAAAGCUCUGCGGAACCGGGAGAAAGCGCGGGAGGGGACGGGCGGGAAGGGUCCCGGGCCGAUGCCCCCUCCGGGCCAGGAGCAGGGAAGCGCGGCCGCCCCUCCCCACCCCCUCGCGGAGCGGCCUCCUGGAAGUUGGGAUAGAAGUUAGGGAGGAAAAAAGUUGUGGUUGGCGGC